AUGAAUGGCCCGCUAAAAACGAGCAGCAAUGGAGCUGCCGAAAGGGGUGCUGGAAACUCUGCCACUGGGGCGGUGAAGCCGCCGUCACCGUCGCCGUCGCCGGGGAGGCUGCAGGGGUUCGACUCCCUGCAUAUGGAGGCUGAAAGGAUUCCCGGUGGCCAAAGCCACGCCGCCAAGGUUGGCUGGGCGACAACACUGCACUUGGCCUUCCAGAGUCUAGGUGUUGUCUAUGGGGACAUGGGAACUUCACCGCUCUAUGUGUUUUCUAGCACCUUUAUUGGUGGGAUCAAAGAUACAGAUGACCUCCUUGGUGUCAUGUCCCUGAUUAUUUACACUCUGGCUCUCCUUCCGUUGAUGAAAUAUUGUUUCAUUGUCUUGAGAGCUAAUGAUAACGGUGAUGGUGGAACAUUUGCACUUUAUUCCUUGAUAUCUCGGUAUGCUAGGAUUAGCUUGAUACCCAAUCAACAGGUUGAAGACGCAACGGUCACCCACUACAAGUUAGAGUCCCCUUUGAAUAGUGUCAAGCGCGCUCAUUGGAUAAAGGAAAGGAUGGAAAACAGCCCAAAACUGAAGAUCAUACUUUUCCUAGUGACUAUUCUAGCAACUUCAAUGGUUAUUGGUGAUGGUGUGCUAACUCCAUGUAUUUCAGUGCUUAGUGCAGUCGGUGGAAUCAAGCAAUCCGCAAACUCCUUAACUCAAGGACAGAUUGCUGGCAUUGCGAUCGGCACUCUGAUUGCGCUCUUUCUUGUUCAACGCUUAGGCACAGACAAAGUUGGUUACACAUUUGGACCAGUAAUCUUGACAUGGUUCAUCUUAAUUGCUGGCAUUGGAAUUUAUAAUGUGAUCAAACAUGACACUGGAAUUCUAAAAGCAUUCAACCCAAAGUACAUCAUAGACUAUUUCCAAAGAAAUGGGAAGGAGGGUUGGAUUUCACUUGGCGGUGUUGUUUUAUGCAUCACAGGAACCGAAGCAAUGUUUGCUGAUCUUGGUCACUUCAAUGUGAGAGCAAUUCAGAUUGGCUUUUCCGUAGUUCUACUCCCAUCAGUGCUGCUGGCUUACAUGGGGCAAGCUGCAUAUCUUCGCAUCUACCCUGAAGAUGUUGCAGAUACAUUCUACAAAUCUAUCCCAGUUCCAUUAUAUUGGCCAACAUUUGUGGUGGCCGUGGCUGCUGCUAUAAUUGCAAGCCAAGCUAUGAUAUCUGGUGCCUUCGCAAUCAUUGCCCAGUCCCAAAUUCUUGGAUGCUUUCCACGCGUUCGUGUCACCCACACUUCAAAUAAGUUUCAUGGGCAGGUCUACAUCCCCGAGAUCAACUAUGCAUUAAUGAUCUUAUGUGUAGCUGUGACAGCUAUUUUCCAAACUACAGACAAGAUCGGCAAUGCAUAUGGUAUUGCUGUCGUCUUUGUGAUGUUCAUAACAACACUUCUAGUCACACUGGUCAUGGCCAUGAUAUGGAAGACAAGCCUGAUAUGGAUUGCACUCUUUCCAAUAAUAUUUGGUGGAGCAGAGCUCACGUACUUAUCCUCGGCGUUCUACAAAUUUACAGAAGGUGGCUACUUGCCACUAGGUUUUGCAGCAAUUUUGAUGCUUAUAAUGGGCAUAUGGCACUAUGUUCAUGUUCACCGGUACAAAUACGAGCUAAAGAAUAAAGUGUCAAACAACUAUGUGGCAGAGUUGGCAACAAGGCGAAAUCUUCCUAGGCUUCCAGGAAUAGGUGUUCUGUACUCAGAACUCGUGCAAGGAAUCCCACCCAUACUGCCCCAUUUGGUAGAAAAACAAUUCAUCCAUCAAGAAUCAUUCUACAGCAAAAGCAGACAUUCCCUUGCAGGAGAAGAUGCUGCAAUUGAAGAAUCAGGAGAUGCAAUGGAGCCUUCUGUUGAAGUUCAAGAUGCAAGGUUACCGAAAAUGUUUUCAGAUGGAAUCGCUGCUAGUCCACUAAACAGGUGCAUGAAUGAGAUAGAGUUUAUUCAGAGAGGGAUGGAUGAUGGUGUUGUCCAUCUGCUAGGAGAAACUAACGUGGUGGCAGAGCAAAAUGCCGGUUUAGUGAAGAAAAUAAUAGUUGACUACGCCUACAAUUUCAUGAGGAAGAACUUCAGGCAACCAGAGAAGAUCACAUGCGUCCCUCAUAACAGACUGCUGCGGGUGGGAAUGACAUAUGAGAUCUAGAGAUAUGCUCAGCUCAGUGGAUUGAUCAAAUUGAGAACAGAAUAAGUUUUUUCUGUAUCAAGUGCAGAAAGCAUAUGUAGAAUAAGGUGGUGACUGCAUAAACAGCCUCCCUGACUGAGCAACAGAGGAUGGACAGAUUUUAUGCGUACAAGUGGUGAAACUACA